AUGACGAAGGUGACAAUGAUUGACUUGACACAUCCAGAAGUUGCAGGUCUGAGUCGAAAUGCAUCGACCGGACAGAUUGCUAGUGGUCGAAUCUUCGUCAAUUCGGCAUACAAGCAGAAUUUGACAAUUCGACCCUCAAUCGGUCAUCCGUCGUCACGUUCAGUGCCACUAAAGCACUUACAUCGGCGGCAAAUACCCGAUCAUGCACCAGAACGUCCGACAAAGAGUACUCUACGCCGCUGGAGACGUCAGCGGCUAGAGGUGCGUAUUGCCAGUGGAAGUGGCAGUCGUAAAAAACCGCCCGCCCUGCAAUCGUCAGUUCGGUUAGCGACCCCUCAACAUUCUGUCGAGGAGCCAGUUGCUAUCGAACCACGCCCGUGUUUUUCGCCACGAGGCGAAAUAUCGGAAGGUCUCUCUGGCGAGUCCCCCGUUGCAAGGACCCCAGACCGUGUCAGUGUCGAAUCUUUUUCGACCGAUUCCACGGAAGAAGGGAUGCUUCUCGACCGAUCGCCGGACAAUGGAGUCAGCGAUCUCGAUGAACUGGCGGCACACCUGGAACUCGACCGCGGUGAAGACUAA